UGUGUCUCUCCAGGAUGGUUGUCACAAAGGUACUAGUGGUGGCUCUGGCGGUGGCCUUCGCGGCAGCUCUCCCGACCUCUUUCCCAGUUCCCAUCUCUGACCGGCAGUCGUCCCAGCUCUCAGGCAACACACAGCUUGAAAACAAAGAUAAAAUCGACCCCAACCUGUCCUUCAGCUAUAGCUACGAAGUGAAAGCUGAUGAGACAGGCGAUGAGAAGUCCCAUCAAGUAGCUCUUGAAAAUGGUGUGGUGGUUGGUUCCUAUUCCUUGGUUCAGCCUGACGGAGUUCUCAGGACUGUCAACUAUCGCGCUGAUGAUGUAACCGGCUUCCAAGCUGAGGUCCAGUUCCAUGAGGGUUAUGCUCAUCCAAUUGUAACCUCUUCGGGCUCCUCAGCUUCGUCUAACUUUGGUGCUUCGUCUGGCUCAGCUUCGAAGUUUGAUGCAAGUUCACAGGGAACUACAUUUAGCUCUGGAUCCUCAAGUAGUAGUUCACGUGGUUCAGGAUUUAGUUCUUCCACUUCAGGUUUGGCUUCAAGUUCCUCAGGCACUACAGGUUCGGCAUCAGCUGGAUCAAGAUUUGUCUCCUCAGGAUCAUCAACUCUUAGCAGUGCCUCAGGUUCAUCCUCGUCCUUGAAUAGUGGAUCAUCGACGACUCAAGGUGCUUCAUUUUCCAGUGGUGCCUCGGGAUCUCAGAAUCAAAGAACUUCCUUCUCCAGCGGUGCUUCAGGGGCUCAAAGCCAAAGAACUUCCUUCGGUAGCGGUGCUUCAGGAGCUCAAAGCCAAAGAACUUCCUUCGGUAGCGGCGCUUCAGGAGCUCAAAGCCAAAGAACUUCCUUCGGUAGCGGUGCUUCAAGAACUCAAAGCCAAAGAAAUUCCUUCUCUAGCGGCGCUUCAGGAGCUCAAAGCCAAAGAAAUUCCUUUUCUAGCGGCGCUUCUGAGGCUCAAAACCAAAGAACUUCCUUCGCUAGCGGUGCUUCAGGAUCUCAAAGCCAAAGAACUUCCUUCGGUAGCGGUGCUUCAGGAGCUCAAAGCCAAAUAAAUUCUUUCUCUAGCGGCGCUUCAGAGGCUCAAAGCCAAAGAACUUCCUUCGCUAGCGGUGCUUCAGGAGCUCAAAGCCAAAGAACUUCUUUCACUAGCGGUGCUUCAGGAGCUCAAAGUCAAAAAACUUCCUUCUCUAGCGGCGCUUCAGGAGCUCAAAGCCAAAGAAAUUCCUUCGCUAGCGGUGCUUCAGGAGCUCAAAGCCAAAAAACUUCCUUCUCUAGCGGCGCUUCAGGAGCUCAAAGCCAAAGAAAUUCCUUCGCUAGCGGUGCUUCAGGAGCUCAAAGCCAAAGAACUUCCUUCACUAGCGGCGCUUCAGGAGCUCAAAGCCAAAGAAAUUCCUUCGCUAGCGGUGCUUCAGGAGCUCAAAGCCAAAGAACUUCAUUCACUAGCGGUGCUUCAGGAGCUCAAAGCCAAAAAACUUCCUUCUCUAGCGGCGCUUCAGGAGCUCAAAGCCAAAGAACUUCCUUCGCUAGCGGUGCUUCAGGAGCCCAAAGUCAGAAAACUUCCUUCUCUAGCGGCGCUUCAGGAGCUCAAGGUCAAAGAACUUCCUUCGCUAGCGGUGCUUCAGGAGCUCAAAGUUCCUCUAUUUCUGGCAGCUCUACAGCCUCUGUAUCCAGUGGGUCAUCUGAUUCAUUCUCCAGGGAUAGUUCUGGGUCUCAAAGUGGCUCCUCUUCAGGGGCAUCUUUCCAGUCAGGAUUAAGUGAGUCUGCUUCCCGAAGUGGCUUUCAGGCUGGUUCAUCCGGUGCUACCCAGACUGGAUUUUCAGGAGCGACAUUCAAUGUUGCAUCAGGUAGCUCCGCAAGCCAAUCCAGCUCGAACAGCGCCUCACAGUCUCUCUCCUCCAGUAAAUUUCAGUCUGGUUCCUCUGGGUCCACUUUGGGUUCGUCAUCACAGAGUUCUAUCCAAGGAGGAUCGUCGGGAUCAAGAUUUCAAAGUACAUCCAAUUCAGCUCAGAACAAAGUGGGUUCAGCCUUCAAGACUGGCGCUGUGACCACACUUAACAAACAAGGAUCAUCUGCAAGUUCUUUUGGAACCGCGAGCUUCCAACACGCCGAAGAAGGAAACGCAUUCACUGGCGGCCUCAGCAGUGACAUCAUCUCUGGUUCACUUUUCAUCACCAAUCAAAACCUCGAUGGAAUUGAUGCCGUGGAACUUGCUCAGAAUGGGUUCACAGGAAAGCCUUUUGCAUAUAAGCUCGUGCAAGUCCCCAUUAGACAGUAGUUGUCAGUGUAGGUAAAUACCCGUCCAUUGUUCAGCCUCCUGUCCCUUACCACACCCCAAUAUUAUAGUUUUGUUUUUGUUUUUUUGGAUAUAUCAAAUCAUUUUAAUAAUGUGUGAUGAUGACAUAUGAGAAUUGCUCAGGCAUAAUUUGUUUUCUCUAUGAUACUAUAAAAAUAUCUUAAUUGAUUGGAAAUAAAUUUAAUGUAAUUGUAUCGAAGAUUUUAUAACUGAAAUUAAAAUGUCAAUAAUUA